AUGGACAAGAUUAUUCAAGUGAACGAGACGCGGCGUACCAAUCUUCAACAAAGAUGGCACAAUUUUCCCGAGGCUUGUGGUCGCCCUGCUCCUGACCUCGACAUCCCCAUUGUUUGCAUCGCCGGUCAUCACACACACAUUGUCGGCGAUCACCUUGAGAGCGCUGGGGCAGACUUUGACACUUUUGAACACUGCUGCCCAAGUAUUCAGAACAGAAGCAACAUAUAUACGACAGGUCGGCAAUGCGACUUCCAGACAUGCUUCACCCACCAGACUGAAGUCGCUCUUAACUGGGAGGCAUGCGUGAUGGACGCGGCGGGGAAGAAGAUGAGUGAACUUGAAGCCAAGGGGAGGAAGUUUAACUUCACCAAAGAGGAGGCAUUCCACGGACGAUGCGAGUGGAUCGACUAUGCUUCUUUGAGGCGUGAGCUCAAGUAUGACAAGAGUGCAGCUGUUCCGUUAAGUGUCAGCAAGUUUGUUGUACUAGCUUUAUCUAUAGCCCCUCUUCUUAUUGACUUCUUGUGA